CCGCAAGGAGACCGUUCAGGUGAAAGGAGGUUGAGGUGGAAAAUACGCGAUGCUCGGGAAGGAGAGCCAGAGGAUUCCGUCAAUCCGUCCUUUCGACUGGCCGCGAAAUUAAAGCGCAGAGAACAUAACCAAAGAUUAAUCUCGUCCUCCGCCGAUUACGACACGCAGCGAUCGGCAGCCUUCGACAGAAGCGUCUGCGCGUCGCGAGGCGCGCGAACACGAUGCGCGCGCUGCUGCCCAGCCAUCGCUCCGUCUCGAGCUUGCGAUGCUUUUGUCACACCGACUGAGGGGAAAUCGAGCGCAACAGUUACCCGCUAUUCCCGAUCGCCGGCCGGACCGGAACCCAGAAGAAUCGCUAACCGGGAUUAGGUGAUGAGAUAACCUCUCGUGAGGCGCGAAAGGGAACGGACGCAUCUUUCGGGGAUGCUCUUUUGUAAUGAACGUCGCCACCAUAGAAACGUGGUGGCACUCGCCGCUGAUGGGGUGAAAUAGGUCACGGAGAGGUCCUGACGGUGGACCGCAGCGCUCUUUUUCAUCCCGGACCGCGCGUGCCGUGAUAAUACAUGUUAGUGAAAGAUGCAAGGGGUGACGGUGACGGGAGAAGCGCCCACAUUGAAUGGGGGCGGAAGGGAGGAGCAGCGUCCCCUCAAGCAGUCCCUGAGUGGAUCACUGUGCAGAGAGUCCCAUUGGAAGUGCCUGCUGCUCACCUUGCUCAUGUAUGGCUGCUUUGGCACGCUAGGCUGGUGCUCUUUAUACCGCAUCACCGUAAUUACUUUUGAUGACCAAGCCUACUUCUACAAAGGCAAUGCCCGACUCUACCACGACAGCCCGUGCUCCAACGGCUACGUCUAUAUACCUGUGGCCUUCCUGGCCAUGCUGUACGUCGUCUACUUAGUGGAGUGCUGGCACUGCUACUCUAAAACAGCCAACCUUGCUAAAGUGGAAAUCAGUGAGGUGUAUGACAGGAUACAGCGGUUGCAACAAGCCACACCCUGCAUCUGGUGGAAGGCCAUUAGCUACCAUUACGUACGUCGUACCAGACAGGUGACGCGCUACCGAAACGGAGACGCUUAUACGACUACACAGGUGUACCACGAACGGGUCAACACUCACGCAGCGAGCUCCGAGUUUGAUUAUUCACGUCUCGGUGUCAAAGACGUUUCGAAAGAGCUCCAGGGCCUGUUGGAACAUCCUGUCACUCGCUUGCGCUUCACCAAGUGCUUCAGCUUCGCCAGCGCCCGCGCGGAGACUGCCUACCUCACGCAGCGAGCACGCUUCUUCGGGGACAAUGAGGGCCUGGACGACUAUAUGGAAGCACGGGAGGGCAUGCACCUUAAAAACGUUGACUUCCGGGAACACAUGCUGGCCUUCCCCGACCCAUCGCGGCCGCCCUGGUAUACCAGACGCUGGGUGUACUGGCUGGCCUCGGCUUUCCUGCUAUCAUGGCCUCUUCGUGUGAUUGCAGAGUAUCGUACUGCAUACGUCCACUACCAUGUCGAGAAACUGUUCGGAGAGAAUGAGGAUGCAAAUGACAAUGAUAACACAGAGGCAGGAAAUUACUGUACGGGCUUCGAGCAUGGCACCGGGGGUCCAACUCUGCGCGUUAUAUCGCGGGUCAACACGGUGGAUAUGACCGAACUGGAAUGGCACAUUCGUUGUAACCAGCAGAUGGUGCCUAGCUACUCCGAGGCCUUGCUUAUGGAUUUGGAUAUGAAUACAAAUACACCGUUAUCAGUUGCAAUGGCUGCACGUGUACGACGCAAUUCUAGCUACUUCCUUCAGAGCUGCCCCAGAUGCCGGCGCUCAACAAGCAGCUCUUCACUCCCUUCCUGGUUUAGAGGAAACAUGGCUGCGGGGACAAACUCAUUCCCCAUUAGACCCGGUGGUAGGCUUUCUCUUAGUCGCAGCGGUUUCUCUCUUGGUCGGUUGCAUACCGCAAGAAGCCGCCAUCCCUGCCUGUUUCACUCGAGAAGCCUCGGAGGUGGGAUGGGCGGCCGUGUGGAAGAGGGUGGUGGGGGUUUCCUUGGUCUUGGGUUUAGAGUGCCAGAUGAGGAGAGGAGGGGUGUGUUAGAGAGCGAGGGACUAGAAGACGAAGAAGCAGAGGAGACAGGCCAGGAACAAGUGGAGGAGAGAGAGAACGGAGAGGCCAGGGAGGAGGAGAGAGACAGGCCACCCACUUACCAAGAUGCUCUUUACUUUCCGGUGUUAAUCAUUCACGGGGAAGAGAGCUGUCACGGGGGGCAUGGCAUUGACACGGGUUAAAAGGGCCAAUGUGAUGUAAAGAAUGAUUGAAGUGGCUUUUGAAAAGUAGAGGCAGAUUGACAUCUGGGUCCAGAUGGGAGACAGGGAGACAGAUGAGUCGAGGAAAAGAGAGGAAUUUUGACCAGAACCAGGAUAGAAGAGUUGAAGAGACUGAUUUAUGUCUCUGUGUAACAAUGAAAAAACAUUUGUUCAUGAAUGUGUAGAAUGUCGUAGGGAUUGAGACGGAAACCAAUAUACAUCGGUCAUGUCAUAUCCAAGUUGACUCACUUGAUACGGACUGACCCUAAAUAUAUAUAUGUAGUACAUACCUAGUAGAAAAUACUGAUAGGCAUGGAACAUCAGUGUCCUAUAUCGAUCUUAAUGUCCUAUUAUUGAAAUCUCUGGCAUAUCAUGUCCAUAACAAACGAAAAGAUCAGCGUGUCCUCCUUUUGACCAUGGGAGUAAUGUACUAUACAUGAAAAGCUUGGCGUCUGCAAUCUGCUUUUAACAUUGCGAAGCAGUUUUUGCGACUCCACAUUAACGUGAAAAAGCCCAUGCUGGUGUAGUUUUGUAAAUCCAUGCGUCAACAACAUACAAGUAGCUUAAGGAAAAAGGGACUGAGAUGUGAACCGCAUUUACUAAAGUUCUAAAUAGAGAUUAGUAAGAAACAAGAAUACAAAUUCUACUAAGGUUGAGCUCAUAAAAAAAAAAAAACUCAAAUGGUCCUCAGGGGGAAAAGUUUUUAAAAAUUUGAAAAAAUAAAAUAAUACUAGACCUAAUAAAAAAGGGAUGGUAAAAGAUCAAUGAGUGAAUGUAGGCUGGUGAAUUGUAAUCCCUCACUGUUUGACACUGUGCUUUAAUCCACUGUCCUGGCUAAUGACUUCUUUUAAUCUCCUGUUCUUUUUAAUUGCCUGGUAGAAGCACGGUGCUUAUGACUUCACUUAUCUCUGCCUUAGAGGUUUCUUAUGUCAGCCUCAUGUCUACUGCAGCCAAUUGAAAGUAGAUUUGUUCAGCAGCAACUCAAUGUAUUCCUUUUUAUUCUCCUGCAUACAUUUGUUUUUCUAUCACGGUGGAGAGUUUCCAUCGACUUCUAUUGUUUUUAUACUGAGCUAACGAUAUUUUCUAUCCUCCGCCCUUAAACCCAGCCCUCGCAGAAAUGUUUUUGCAUUUUUAGAUUUUCAUUACCUCAUUUAGUGUGUUUAUAAAACCAUUGUCCUUGAUUUGUUGGGACAUCCGUCCAUCCAUCCAUUUGUAGGCCUCCUUUCUAGACUGUUAGAAUGUUAAAAAAAAGUUAUUGGAUUAAGCUUUCAGUUUAAUACAACUAUUGCUAAGAGAUAAAAUAGAGAACACACGAUACAAAGUAGUGCAACAGUCCACCGCCCCAUGUAGUCACAUUGGUGGAAUACACUUAGAAGAGCAAACAAGCAUAAAAAUAUAAGUGUAGGUCAGUAUAAGCACAAUGCGUCACCUACUUUACGAACAGUGCAGGGAUUGAGUUUAAAUAAGCUGUCCUUAGAAACACUGAAGAAACGAAUGUAUAAACACAGCCUUGCACAUGGAGAGGAUAUUCAUAAUAAUAAAAAAAAAGGUAAAGUCCAAAGCACACACUAUAAGAGCAUCCCUGUAUUGUUAGCAGGAUUUCUACUUAUCAAAUUAUUGCUAAUACUUCAACAAGCACUAGCAUAUCUGUCAGCGAUGAGGGAAUGAUUACAGUGGCCAUGACCAUGAUGCUCUUAUUAAUAAAGUCAAACCAUUAACAAUG